AUGACGAACGGCGACAGAGAGCGAAAGCGAAAGCACCCUGAGGCUGCUCCACCAGCUCCCUCCAAUCAGAACCAGAAUCAAAAUAAAAAUCCCCACCGUGCUCAUCCUACCAUUCACAGACAGCAUCCAACAGCCCCUCAACUCUCUCGUCCUUCUCAUGCAUCAUCGGGCAAUCCCCAUAAUCGUCCCCCACCGUCUCAUCAUCACCAUCCCCAUACGCAGACUACUCAUGAUCCUCGAGUUCUCUAUGGCGGCUACGUCGAGUACACUUCGGGCGAGUCACCCGUUCCCGUCCGCCAUCCCCUGCAAGGAGCCCACCGAAGGCAUCGUAGUCACCAAGAAGGUCAGACUCACGGCUUUGAUCAGCGUGAAGUCUUCGACCGUCCAGGCAAGCGACACCGAUCCCAGAGAGAAUAUGCUCUCAACGAUAUUCUUUCAGAUGGGGAGCUAUCUGACACUGGUGCAGAUGUUGGCGAGGUUUCAUUCAAUGCUUCCACCAGCAGGCUUAGCCAGACUUUCAAUACCUUCAACGCUGCGCUAGCAGGCCUCCUCGCCAUCGUCGAUGCAGAUCCAGAAAAGUCUUUUCCAUUACUCGAUAGAACUCUCGGAAGGGAGCGCUCUAGCUUCGUCAAAACUAUGAAAGCCAUGGAACUCGAAGGCACACUCCCAUGGCUGGUCAAGGCUCGAGCCUCCUCGCCGGACCCAAGCGUAGCCCCUUCCAGAGUUAUCCAAACUACCAGCGGCUUGACCCUAGAACAAAUCAAGCCACGAAUGCGUUCUGGCAGCCACGAACCCAGCGGACCCACUUCGAGAAAGGUGUCAGGAGCGAGUAGCGUUCGUUCUGUAUCCACCACCAGCUCUAUUCCACCAGUCCCGUUUUCAAGCCAUCCCGUCGAAACAGCCAAACGUGCCAAAAUCUGGCCACCAGAGCUUCCCCCAAUCAAGAAUGAUGACAUCCGCAAGCAAGUCUUUUCUCACAAAUCCAUUGUCGACGGCGCCUCCACUAUGAUCGGCGAAGCUGGCCUCCACAAUGAACGUCUCGAGUUCCUCGGUGACAGUUAUCUGGGUGCUAUCGUUACCCGCUACAUCUUUUCCCGGUUCCCAAAUUCCCGCGAAGGCGCAAUGACAAACAUACGCUCCAGCAUUGUGGGUAAUAAGAACAUUCACGAGUGGUGUGUGAUGUACAAAUUAGAGAAACACUUGAUUACCGGCGAAGGUAAACAUUCUGAAUUGGUUAACCGCUCUAAGACUCUCGCCGAUUUGUUUGAAGCCUACAUUGGUGGCCUACUUCUCGACAGCGGCCCAGAGGUCGUUGAUGAGUGGCUCAAGGAUUUGAUGGAACCGAAAAUGAAGGAAGCUGCAGAGCAGUUCACCAAAGAGAAGCCACUUAACAAAGCUGCCAAAAACCAAAUCUCAAGUAUGGUGGGCGGUAGAAACGUCGACAUUAGAUAUGAAUGGGAAGGCGGCGGUGGCGGUAACCAGGGCGGAUACCACUUCACAAUCUACUUCACUGGAUGGGGGAUUACCAAUAAAAUUCUCGGGAAAGGAUGGGGAUCUAACAAAACAGAUGCAAGCAUCCGGGCUGCUAUGAAUGCCCUCGACGAAGGAACCGCUCUAAAAGAAGUCAAACGUGCCAAACAGAAAUGGUAUGAAGAGAACCCACAAUCUAGCGGAAUUCCAUCUUCUUCCGACUCCGGGGUUGGUAUGCGAAGCGAACUCCCCUAG